GAACCACUUCAACCGCUCCAAGACAAUCUAUCUUCCACGACUUAUGGAGUCUUCGAAAUGGAUUCCUACAAGUACAAGGCCUAUGAGGAGGCCAUCUAUAUGGCUCUUCUGGAUCGUUGCAAGAACUCAGGACCAAAUUCCUUCACCUCGGAGGAUUUUCCUACCCUUACAGACGCUCCCGCGAAGACCAAUGGUGCUUGCACCACGGGCCGGGACAAACAGCAUCGUCUGGAGACGGAAUGGAAUGGUCGGGAUGUUCACCUGGUGCCUGGCGAUAUGCGUCAGCUGAGCCCAGAUCUCGAGAAGGCGGAUAUUUUUGUCAGCGAACUCCUUGGCUCCUUUGGUGACAAUGAACUAAGUCCCGAGUGCCUGGAUGGGGCGCAACACCUGCUCAAAGAAAAUGGCAUAAGCAUCCCCUCGUCGUACACCUCGUACGUAGCCCCUCUUCAGUCGCUGCGGAUCCAUCAGGAGGCUGCUUCCCAUCGAGAGGUUGUAAGUCCCGUUCAGUUCUAG